UUUCGCUGAUGCACGGGGAAGAGAUUUGUUUACAAACAAGUAAUUGUCAGAAAGGAAAAGUGAAAGCUUCGCUGAAACUUGCGGGUUUAGCUCAAUGUUCGAUUUCUCAUCGUCAUGGGGACUCACAGCAGAUUGUAAACUGUAAUAUGAAACUCUUCGCUGGACGAUAUUUGCUCCGAUUGAUAAAGCUGAGCAGGUGCAGUGUCUGAAGUUGCACAGAGGUGUUGGCUGUGGGCAGUCUGCAGGACACAUGGCAGAUGAAAGCAACAAGCUGACACUGAGGCGCCUGGAGGCACCGAUCCAAAAGUUCAUUAAAGUGGCUCUGCCCACGGACCUGGAGAGGCUGCAGAAACACCACAAUAACAUACUGAAGUACCAACACAGCCAGCAAUGGGACCGCCUUCACCAGGAGCACAUCAAUGCCAGCAGAACUGUUCAGCAGCUGAGAGCAAACAUCAGGGAGAUGGAGAAGCUGUGUUCUCGGGUCCGUGUCGAAGACGCUCGUGCUCUGGAGGCGCUCGUGAAGCCAGUCAGGGACAGAGCAUCAGCCGCCGCAUACGACUUCUUGCUUCUGCACUCUAACCCCGUGCCCCAGCCAACACCACCUCCAUCCCCUGCGUCUGCCAGCAGGUUCCAACAUGACGACGAUGUGGGCUUGGAGUCGAUGCCCGGCAGCAGGCAAAUACAGCUGCAGCUUCCAGAGAUUCCUGCAGAUCAGAGUGCGGCUGAGUCCUGGGACAACCUGGAAGAGGAUCUGAAGGAGCUGAGUGGUUUGGUGACAGAGUUCAGUCUUCUUGUCCAUUCCCAGCAGGAGACGAUUGACAGCAUAGAGGACAACGUCAACACAGCCGCUGCCAACGUGGUGGAGGGGACCAAGAGCCUGGGGAAGGCGGUGGGCUACAAGAUGGCGUUGCUGCCAGUUGCCGGGGCGCUGCUGGGCGGUGCGCUAGGAGGACCACUGGGGCUGCUGGUGGGGCUUAAAGCCGCUGGGGUGGCCGCUGCUGUGGGGGGUUCUCUGGGGUUCGCGGGGGGCAGCCUGGUCCAGAAACACCGCAGAGGCCGAGUUGAUAUACAGAUGAAGCAACUGAUGCCGCCACAGCCGGAGGAAGCAGAGUCCAGCAAAGACAAAUGAUGGGGCUUGUCCUCUGUCCUCAGCUGCUGGUUAAUCACUGAGGUUUCCCAUGUUGCCCGAACAAUUAGAAGGAGAAGCCAAACUCAAAGAGAUUUCUGGUACCAAGCACCGCCGGGAAUCAAUGACACAUUUACAGCCUUGUUGAAGAUCUGGAUACUUUAAUGUUUGUGUGGAGUAGUGUUUCUACUUUUAUACACACAACAGAAUUUUUUUUUUUAUUCUGAUCACAGCAAAGCAGUUAUUUUUUUAUUUAGCCGUGAGUGAGGCCGGUCUGACAUAGCCUGACUCAUUUAAAUACGUUUAACUGACAUAUAUUCUGUCCCACUCUGGUAAGGGAGAUACCUGUUUUCACCAGGGUUUGUCAGCUUUUCAGGCACAGUCACACAUAAAUGAAUGAGAAGAAAAUAUCGGGGGUCAAAGUUCACCAAACACUCCACGAGGAGCCACACUGCAAUAUGCCCCAGGAAUCUAAGGCUUUGUUCCGGCUCGCACGGAUUGGAAGUGAGAGGGAGGUGAAGGUUCGCCACUGAAACAUUUGUGUGACCGGGUCCUUGUGCAGGAAAUAACCAUGUGUACAGCUCUACUACUGAGACUAUAUAAUACUAACGUGUAAAGACAAUGUUUUUUGACUGCUAUCUCUGGUGCAGCAAUUAUUCAUUAAUGUAAAUUUAAAGUUACACUCUUUAUAUCAAUUAUUCUCCAUUUACACACAGACCUGUUGUUUUUUGCACAAAAGGCUCCGAAGUGCCACAGUCCAGUUCAGUGACUCUAAGAACCGCCCGUGUAUUGAUUUCACCUCUGACGGUUUUCUGCCAAAUAAAACCUUUCAUUUCAACA